AUUUUCAUUCAAUCAAAUCAAUUCAGUCGCCCGGUUCACUCUUCACUCUAUUCAGUCAACUGUCAAGACAGUUCACGAAUCACGUUCAGUUAAUUUCUCACCGCGUGACUACUACUGUCUCUAUUUGAAACUUUACAUUUAUCGGUAUAUUUUAAUAUAUUUUUCAGUGAAAAUGGGAUUUACUGAAGCCGGUCAAAAUAUGAAUGCAUUUAUUUUGGCUGGAAUAACUGUUGUCUUGUGUGUAAUAUUACACUUUAUUUACAAGACCAUCUUCGGCAAUACGAGGAGUGAAGUACAAAAUCAUGAAGCGGAGAACAUAACAGAAGCUUCGACUGAGACAACACAAGAUUCCGCCGUAACCGAAUCCCGUGCCGGUGGAAAGAAUAAGAAACGUGCACAAUGGAAAGGAAAGACAGAUUUCAGCCACCCUUGGCUGCUUAAGAAUCUCAAAGGGCACCCUGGUACUGUUCUUCUUAUGGAUUUCUCUGCAAAUGGGAAGUUCAUGGCCGCUACAUGUGAUGAUGGAUCUGUGAUCGUGUGGGACAUCCGCGAUUUAAACGUGAAGGAGCACAAGACGUUACGGGUGAACAUCGACUUCGAUCACGCAUCACAUGUAGCCUGGAGUCCAGAUUCUAAAGCCUUCGUCGUUCACACCGUACGGGAUAACAACAUCGUUGUAUACAAGAUCGAGAAGAAAAAAGACGGAACAAUAGGAUCUGCGACGCCUGUUAUUACAUUCGAUAAGGCUCACGAAGAUGACGUAAUCGGUUUCGGAAUUUCCAGCAAUGGCAAAUUCUUAAUGUCCUGUACAUCGAAAACAGAUAUGAUUAUUUGGGAUCUAAAAGGACAACAACUUCACCGGCUCGACACAUACCUCAUGAACACUCACACAGCCAAAAUAUCACCAUGCGGUCGUUUCGUAGUCGCUACAGGUUUUUCGCCAGACGUUAAAGUAAUGGAGGUCGGUUUCACGCGAACCGGUGAAUUCAAACAGGUGACAAAGGCAUACGAGCUGACGGGACAUACGUCCGGUGUUUAUGACGUGGCCUUUGCAGUGGAUACGUCGCACAUCGCGACUGUGUCGAAGGACGGCACGUGGAAGCUCUACCACACGAGAAUUGACUAUGUCCGCGGCGAAUCUCCACAUGUCCUAGAGACGGGUACAUACACACAGACGGCUAAUCCUCCGAAGAUAGCACUCUCGCCGAACGCUGAAGUACUAGCGGUUUCUUCGGACGCGAAUGUCGAGUUCUACGAUACGUACACCGGCAAGCUGUAUGACACAGUCGAGAAUGUUUACACAGGUUUGAUAAACUACAUGUGCUUUGAUCCGGCUGGGAAAUAUUUAUACGUCUGCGGCGACCGCGCAGUCAGGAUCCUUCACAAUGUAUGCGGGUACUACACGACCAUCAACAGCUGUACAAGGCUACUCGGUUCCAAACAAACUUCCGCCACUGUGGAACGACUCAAUAACACCAUAAGAGACUGCAAAGCUACCCUCGAAAAAUUUGGCAAGUAAAUUUUACCUAACAAAGUAUCCGGUGUUCCAUAAUGUCUACGUCUAUAUGUCCAAACUGUUUUGAACUCUUGUUAUAAGUGUUUUCAAAAUCCACUUUGACUUGGAAAAUGUAGAGAUUUUAAAAAUAAUACAGCAUUUUUGCUCCUAAUUAUAAGAUUGUCUAUUGCAUUUAUUUUUAUAUAUUUUAUUUUAUUUAGAAUUUACGAAAGCUCUUACUAAAAAAAUAUGUUUAUCAAUGUAUUAUAUUUUAAGACGUCUUUACGAGAUAACUAAUCGUUUUUGUUACUAAGUAGCGAUUAUCAAUCGAAUGAUGGUCCAAAGUCUUCAAUGUGAUGAAUUUCAAAUCAACAAAAAUAUUUGUUCUCAUAGAAUGAAAUAAAAAUUAUUUUAAUAUAACUAUUCUUAUCCCAGUGGAGCCACAAAGAACUGAUAAAAAACAAGCUCUGUUCUAUUAAUAAUAGCAGUGCUUAAACGAUGUGGACUUUCUAAAAAUGUAUUCUAAUUAAGCAGAUGCAAGUAAUUAUAAUUAAGAAAAUUAUCUUUAAUGUUUAAUUAUAUAAACAGUCAAAGUAGUGUCAUUAGUAAUAUAUUUUAAUCUAUAUGAAAACACGAAGUAGCAAAGUCGAAUUUGUGAAUGAUUUAAUCUUAUAGUUGAUUUAUACUUUGAAUUAAAUAUCAUAUAUAAAGAUGAAGAACAUCUUUCUGUAAUUUUAUUUAUAGAAGUUUUUAUUAUGAAAUACGCUUAAAAAUGUAUUUAUGUUUUUUUCUGUAUUUGUAUAUUAUGUAAUAUAUAUAUAUAAAAGAUUUGAUGUGAAAAACUCAUAGACGGAGUGUUUACUAUGAAAUAUUAGGGGUAAAGUUUAAUUCACUCCCUAAAUUUAAAUAUCAUCAUUUAUAAUUAAUUACACUAUUGUCUUCUGCUAUAUCUUAAAUACAAAUCAAUAAAAAAAAAUGUAUCUUCUGUCUCUACAUAAAAGGUGAGUUUUUUUGUCGACUAUCCUUGAAGCUGUGUUCAAUUAUUAUAUGUAAUCCAUUUAUUUAUAGAUAUGGUCUUAUAACCGCUGCACCUUGAGUUCUUAGUGUCGGUGUUCAUUAUAAUUUAAUAACGAUAUUAGUUUUAUUAUUGAAUUUAAAAAUAUUUCAAGUAAAUGUAAAUUAAUUAUAUUUUUACUUGUCUAUAAACUGUUCCUAAAUGUUAAUAAAUUCUAUGUAUAUCACAACAAAAAUGUGC